ACUCCGUCAUUUCACCUCCUCGUCCCUCACUUGUUGGAUGUGUCCGUUGAAUUUCUGUUGUUUUAUAGCUUCCUUGUGGUUGUUUGCACUCUUGGAGUCCCGAGAAGACCACUGUUGUGCGUGAAGGUUGAAGCGUUUUUACAGGUUACGUGCGCGUAAAAAGCGCUUACUCUGAAGCGUUGUCCUCAUUCUUACCUGUUUGUUUGCGUACCGUGAUUAUGCUCCGUUUUUCCGUGUCUAUCCGCCGUGGCUGUCUCUGCUGCUGCCGUCACUCUCACCUCUAGUCUGCUGGUCCCACGACGGGAGUGUUGGGUUUUCCUGGCGGCGUCGUGCGCCCUGGACUCCGGUUCAUCCUUGGAGAAGUUCCGCCGCAGUCCCAUGCUCAGCGCUUCUCUGCUUUCCUCCUGCUGCUGCGAUAAGGAUGCUGCUGGCUUUUCCUGCUCAAACUCCACAGGAUUAGACUGAGUUGAACAAACGGACCAUGUAACCAGGUCAGAGAUGUUCAUGCAGUGUGGCUAUCCAGCGGUGUGACCUCUCAUCUUUGACUCCUGAUUUGACUUCUCUUCACUCUUACAACCUUCAAACACUCUUCUGAUGUGUUAAGCAACUUUGCUGAACAGUUUGAUGGAGAGCUGGUCGGAUGACAGCUGGAACUGUUGUCAUAACCGGAGGAAUACUGGCCACAGUGAUACUUCUGUGUAUCAUAGCUGUGCUCUGUUAUUGUAGACUCCAGUACUACUGCUGUAAGAAGAAUGGGUCUGACAGCGCCUCCAUCUCUCAGCAACACUUUGCCUGCAAUGCCUGCAGUGUUUCCGGCCUGGACGGAUCGAUCAUCACCCCACUGUCCAUGUCGCCACCAGAGCCGCCCGGAUCCUCCGACCCCUCCAAACCCACAGGGGGGCAACGCAGUUACUGCCCCACCUGCUCGCCCUAUGACUCGCCCUUCUACAUCCGUACCACUGAUGAAAUGCGCAACGGUGGUGAGCGCAUCACCUACAUGCCCACACACUAUGAGAACCAGGCGCUGGCGAUGCCGCUGCCCGCCGUCCGAGGCUCCCUGCUGAGGGAGACCCAGCGAGGACGGCCUCCAGAUUUCUACACCAACACCCGAGCCAUCAGCACCGAGGUGUGACCACCCCAGAACCCCUCCAACACCACCCAUACACACAGAGACACUCUUCUCUUCACUUACACACACACCAGCACCACCACUAACAAGACCACAACGAUAAUUUUGACACCUAUUGCACCUACCAGUGAGGAUCUGUUGGAUAAAGGCUCACUGGUAGUGGAGGUUACAUUAUCACCUUUAUGUAGGGUUUAGGGGUUGGGGGGUGGGGUUAAAUGAGGAUUGUCUAAGCCAACUGCUGUAGACUCAAGUGUGUGACAAGCUGGGAUCACUUUAAAACUUAGUUCCUCACUUUAUACCCUCAAAUUUUACAUUUUUAUGUUCAUUAAGAUAGUAAUUAUAUAACUGACAGUAGCUAAAACUAUAGCUGUAAGGUUUCUUGUCCCUUUGUGUUCCCACAUGAAGGGUAUGGGUGUAAACUUGUAAACUGUCUGUUGACUGUUAUUGUCUUUACUGACUGAGGGCUAUCUUAGAUAAUAUAUGAUUUUCCCUUGUUACACAUAUUUCUAAUGACUGUCAAAAAGACAAAAAAAAAGGAGUAUGAUGACGUAGUAAAUAUGAAACAAUUUUGUCAUGAUAAGCAGAAUGGAAAUGGAAAUACAUUUAAAAAAGGGCAACAGAAGGAAAAGACAACAUCGCUUCUACAGUUUUCUGGAUCUCUGGAAGCAUGCUUGAGUCACAGGAAAGAUGGAAGAGAGCGGACGACUGGAGCUUUCUCUAUGCAAGCUGUCUGGCAAACUACUGCAGCUCUUCAUCUCCAGUCAUCUCCUUUCAGCGGUUUUUGUCUCAUCAUGUAACUUUAUUGGAAGAAUAUUGUUAACACGGUGCACACCCAGUGAGAUAUUACGUGGCUGCACAUGUAGAUAGACAUACAAGCAUUUAAAACUGGAUCAUGAAUACAGUAGUUCAAAGCCUUUCAGGUCGCCAAGGUCCGCACUAAAUCCCCAUUUUCGCCCCCUAAGGUGUAAACCUGUGAAAGAGCAAGGACGCUUAAUCCCUUGAACGCAGCAGUGGUAAGCUUGAAACGAAUGAGAGUGAAUUUCUCUUUUGACAGUGAUGCAAAAAGUUUGAUAUGUAAAUAAUAACCAGAAAGCAAUGAACGCAUCUCUUGAUCCCAUUGUGGUGACGUAGAGAGAUGCACCCUCGGACUUGUACAUGAUGUAUUUUGAACGAGGGAGUGUGAUUUACUAGUUUGUGCUAUUUUGUCUACACUCUCCUCCUAUACUCCUGUACUACUCUCAUGUUGAAUCUUUGAAAUGCAAAUAACCAUGUCAUUUAUUUUCUAGUUUUUUUGUUUCGUAUUGUGAGAAAGUCAGAAUACACAUUUAUGUGAUUGAAAAACUGUUUCACAGUGCCCAUUUUCUACAUGACACUUACCCAGCAUUGCUUGCCAUUCACAAUAAUAUGUCCUGUGAUAUUUGUCUUUAUAUUGCUGUGUACAGCAGGAUUCAGUGAGGCUGAACAAGCAAUGCAAGAAACCUCAAGGACUUGCAUGGUGUGAUAAUGUUGGACAGGCAUAGUGUUAUCAUUCAAACAUUAAAUGCAACCUCUUUUCUGCAGUGCAUAUAACAUGUAAUAAAUUGAUCAGGAGCUACUUUAUUUAAUUCUCAAUUACUUUUCAUUAAGGUUAAAUAGAUGCCAACUGCAUUGACAUUAAAGCGUACAUCUUGAAACUUCUCUAGACCAUUUUACACCAGAAUUGUGUUGUUUUUUUCUGAUUAACUUAAAAGGGCAAAUAAAUGUACACUCAAAGGUUGACAGGCGUGAUCUAGCCAGAAAAUUGUGAUCUCUGAAGAGGAACCAGUGAAAUAGAACCAGUGUUUCUCCGUGUUGUGUCAACUCCCACAGAUAAGGAUUCAUUGUCAUCAUUUAUUUAUUUAGGUAUUGUAUUAACUAUAUAUUUUACUACUUACUUAACUAGUUAUCUUUGAAAAAAAAAAAAAAGCUUUUUAGAAAUGUGGUUAAAACAGAUAUCGUACCUGACGAAUACAGAAACAGUAAUAUUUGACAGUGUUAACUUUUGACAAUUAAAGAUUUGUAACUGCUUGAAA